AUGCCAGGCAUCUUGACACCACCAGAGCCCACCUCGAAACGCUCCGACGACCCCCACGAGAAGCCCGGUCGCUACCAGCCCAAGUCCAGAAACUCCGGGUUAUUCGCCAAGAUGAAGGAAUCGUGGGCAUCGCAGUCUCAAAAGACACGGUACUUUAAGACGACCGCGAUCAUUUUUACCAUCAUCUGCUUGUUCUACUGGCUUUCGCCUUCUGGUGUCGCUGUUCAGCCUUCUGUUUCUCAAAAGCCUACCCCCGAACCUGUCGGUCUCACCACUGGCGUAAACACUCCCGCCCCCGAGAAGCCAGCCGAGAAGCCUGUUGUCAACACUCCGAGCCAGGGCUCGAACAAGGAAGCCUCCAAGCCCGCCGUCGGAUCGGACUCCUCCAGCAACGACGCUACCAAGGCUCCCGCCACCGGCAGUAACAGUGCCGAAAGCCACGACUCCAACGACCCUGCCCUCUCGAGCAAGAAGUGCUCGAAACCGUACAGCAAGGACAAAGAUCUUGUGCAGUAUGUUCUCAUGAUUGAUGCCGGCAGCACUGGCUCCCGCAUCCAUGUUUACAAGUUCAACAACUGCGGUGCCAUGCCCGAGCUGGAGAGCGAGGAAUUCAAGAUGACCGAGAAGGGCGUUGGCGGUCUCAGCGCAUAUGUCGACGACCCUGUCGCCGCCGCCAAGAGCCUUGAUCCCCUCAUGAAGGUCGCCUUGGAACACGUCCCCGAGAAGCUCAAAGGCUGCACCCCUGUUGCCGUCAAGGCCACCGCUGGUCUGCGCCGUGUUGGCCCCGAAAAUGCCGAGGCCAUUCUCAAGCAGGUCCGCACCCACCUCGAGACGGACUACCCCUUCCCUGUCGUUUCUGCUGAGAAGAACGGUGUUGCCAUCAUGGACGGCUCUGACGAGGGUGUUUUUGCUUGGAUCACCACCAACUAUCUCCUCGGCAAGAUUGGCACCGAGGAGAAGGGCGAGACUGCUGCCAUUUUCGAUCUCGGCGGUGGCUCUACCCAGAUUGUCUUUGAGCCCCUUUACAAGAGCAUCGGCGGCGCGCCCCCCGAGAAGCUCGCUGAAGGUGACCACAGAUACGAGCUCAACUACGGCGGUCACAAGUUUGAGCUGUACCAGCACUCGCACCUGAACUUUGGUCUCAUGGCCGCCCGCGAAGGUAUCCACCAGGCGCUCAUCGAUAGCCUCGCCAAAAGCAAGGGUUCGGACCAGUCUUGGCUGUCUGAGAGCAUUACCCACCCCUGCAUUCUCCCCGGAUUCGAGCGCCAGGUCAAUGUCACCAUUGGCGAGGAUAAGAAGAAGCACGAAGUCACUUUCAAGGGCCCUAACGAGCCCUCGUCGGCGCAGUGCCGCAGCCUUGCCGAGAAGCUCUUGAACAAAGAGGCCGCCUGCAAGAUGGGCCCUUGCUCAUUCAAUGGCGUCCAUCAGCCCGCGCUCGCCAAGACAUUUGCCAAGCAGGAUAUCCUCAUCUUCUCCUUCUUCUACGACCGCAUGGAGCCGCUCGGCAUGCCCGACUCGUUUACACUCCGCGAGAUGCACGACCUGACGCAUUCCGUCUGCCAAGGCAAGAAGGGCUGGAGCUCGUUUGAGAGCAACCCCAAGGCUAUGGAGGAGCUCAACGACCGCCCCGAGUACUGCCUGGACCUCAACUUUAUGCUGGCGCUUCUCCACACUGGCUACGACAUGCCCAUCGACCGCGAGGUCAAGAUUGCCAAGAAGAUUGACGGCAACGAGCUGGGCUGGUGCCUGGGUGCCAGUCUGCCCCUACUCGAGGCCAACUCUGGCUGGAAGUGCCAGGUGAAGCAGAUUGCAUAA